AUGGCAUAUCUCUUAAGAAGUGUUGUCACCAUCAUUGAUGUAUUCUACCAAUAUACCAAGCAAGAUGAAGAAUGCGGCACACUGAGCAAGGAUGAGCUAAAGGAACUGCUGGAGAAGGAGUUCCGGCCAAUUCUGAAGAAUCCAGAUGAUCCGGACACAGUAGAUGUCAUCAUGCAUAUGCUGGAUCGAGAUCAUGACCGAAGACUAGACUUUACUGAGUUUAUUCUGAUGAUAUUUAAACUGGCUCUGGCCUGCAACAAGGUUCUUGGGAAAGAAUACUGUAAAGCUUCAGGGUCAAAGAAGCAUAGGCGUGGCCAUCGACACCAAGAGGAAGAAAGUGAAACAGAAGAGGAAGAGGAGACACCAAGACAGAAAUCAGGUUUCAGAUUUUCAAGUUGGAGUGAGGGAGAGGAGCAUGGACAUAGUUCUGGGGGCUCACGGGGACGUGCAAAACAUAGACGUGGGUCCAACUCUAAGAGGUUGGAAAGGCAAGAUGAAUUAUCCAGCUCAGAGGAAUCAAGGAAAAAACACCAUGGGUCUAUCUUUGGUCACUCUUGGAGUAGUAACAAAGAGAAAGAUGGUUCCAGAUCUGAAGAGCUAGGAGAAAAAAGAGACAAGUCAUAUGAUAGCCCCUCUAGAGAAUCUGGGGAAGAGUAUGAGUCUGGAUAUAGGUUAAACCACCAGGGAAGGGAAGGUCAUAGUGGAUUGUCAUGUGGAUUGGAGAAGAACAAAUAUGAGUUAAAUUACAUUCAGUCAAGAAAGGGUGGAGAACAAAAGCUUGGGUAUAGUACUUCAAGUUCAGGAAACAGUAAGAUACAAAGUCAUGUAUAUGGUUUUAGUAAUUCUACUGGAUGUUGCAGACCACAAAAUGCUUCAAGUUCUUGUCAAGCAAGUAGAUCACAAGGGCAAGGAAAUCAGUCUUGCUGUACCCAGUCAAACUGUCAAUCAGGAACUAGUGGAGGACAAGGAUAUGGGUGUGUCUCAGAAGGUCAGUCCUCUAGAUGUUGUCAACCUAAACCUAGAUCCUGUAGCCAGUCUCCUAGUCAGAGAGGGUAUGUAUCUAAACAAUGUGGUCAACCACAGAACUGUGGAAGACAACAAAGAAUGGGUUCAAGUCACUCUUCUUGCUGUGGACAAUAUGGGUCUGGAGCAACUCAAUCUUCUAGUUGUGGUCAACAGGGAAUGAGUUCCUGUGGACAUUCUUCAAGCUCUCAUCAAAAGGGGUGUAGUUCAAAUGGAUUUUCCAAAGGUGAUCAGCAUUCAUCUGGUUCGGGGCACUCAUCCUGCUGUGAACAACAUGGAACAAACUCAAGUCAGUCCUCUGGCUUUAAACAACAUGGACAUGAAUCAGGUCAGUCUUGCUGUGGCCAACAUGGUACUGCAUCAGGUCAACCCUCAGGUUAUAGUCAUCAUGGGGUUGGCUCAGGGCAGUCAUGUCGCUAUGGGCAGCAUGGGUCCGGUUAUGGUCAGUCAUCUAGCUGUGGGCAUCAUGGAUCUGGCUCAGGUCAGUCACCUAGCUCUAGGCAUAACAGGUCAGGCUCAAGUCAGUCAUCUGGCCUUGGGGAGCAUGGGUCCAGUUCUCAAGGGUCGCCUAGUUCUGGGCAUCAUGGAUCUGGCUCACGUCAGUCAUCUGGGUCUGAGCAGCAUGGUGCUGUCUCAGGUCAGUCAUCUGGCUCUGGGAAGCAUGAGACUGGACCCAGUCAGUCAUCUCGUUCUGGGCAUCAUGGUUCUGGCUCUCAGCAGCAUUGGGGUGGCUCAGGCCAGUCAACUGGCUUUGAGGAGCAUGGGUCCAGUUCUGGACACUCAUCUAGCUCUGGCCAACACAGGUCAGGCUCAGGUCACUCAUCUGGCUCUGGGAAGCAUGAGUCUGGACCCAGUCAGUCAUCUAGUUCUUGGCAUCAUGGUUCUGGCUCUCAGCAGCAUGGGGGUAGUUCAGGCCACGCAACUGGCUUUGGAGAGCAUGGGUCCAGUUCUCAUCCAUUGCCUAGUUCUGGUCAACAUGAAUCUAGCUCACGUCAGUCUUCCAGGUCUGAGCAGCAUGGGACUGGCUCAGGUCAGUCAUCUGGCUUUGGGAAGCAUGGGUCGGGUUCUCGUCAGUCAUCUAGUUCUGGGCAUCAUAAAUAUGGCUCAGGUCCAUCAUCUAGAUCUUGGCAGCAUGGGAAAGGCUCAGGUCAGGAAUCUGGCUAUGGAGAGCAGGAAUCUGGACAUGGUCAGUCUUCUAGCUCAUGGCAACAUGGGACUGGCCCAGGUCAGUCAUCUGGCAGUGAAGAGGAGGAAUCUAGACCUGGCCAGUCUUCUAGCUCAUGGCAACAUAGAAAAGGCUCAGGUCAAGAAUCUGGCUAUGGAGAGCAGGAAUCUGGACAUGGUCAGUCUUCUAGCUCAUGGCAGCAUGGAAAUGGUUCUGGCAACAGGUCAUCUGGCUUUGGAGAGCAUGAGUCUGGACCAAGUCAUUCAUCUAGAUCUUGGAACCAUGGGAAUGGCUUGGGUCAGUCAUUGGGCUUUGGGCAGCAUGGGACAGGUUCUCAUCAGUCAGAAAUUUCAGGACAAUAUGAAUCUGGCUCAGGACCAUCAUAUAGCUCUUGGCAGCAUGGGAAAGGACUAGAUGAGUCUUAUGGAUAUGGAGAGCAUGAACCUGGACAUAGUCAAUCAUCUAGUGCUUGGCAUCAUGGAAAUGGAUCAGGUCCCUCGUAUCGAUUUGGGGAGAAAGAAUCAAGACCAGAUCAGGAAGACUAUCAACAUGGAGAGUCGGAUCAUGGCAAAUAUAGACAUAGACUAUCCCAAAAUGAACAUCACACAAAGUAUGGCUCUGUUAGAUCUCCAACGAGAUCACCAGUCCACCCCGAAACCAGAAAGGGUGAGGAACACUCAGUAGUCCCACAGAGAUAUUCUGGAUCCAGUCUCGGUCAGGCAGGACAUCAACAGAGAGAGUCUGUGCAUGGCCAACGGGGCAGACCUCAAGGGCCCUCUCAAGACAGCAGUAGACAGCCUCAGGCCGUCCAGGGACAGCCCUCACAGUCUGGCUCUGGUAGAUCUCCAAGGAGAUCACCAGUGCACCCUGAGUCCAGUAAGGGUGAGGAACACUCAGUAGUCCCACAGAGACAUUCUGGAUCUGGUCACGGUCACGCUGGACAUCAACAGAGAGAGUCUGUGCAUCGCCAACGGGGUAGACCUCAAAGUCCUGUUCAUCUAUCACAUAGUAUCCAUUGGCAAUCACAGAAUACCAUAAGCAAAAAAUCAAGUAGACUACCUGGCCAAUUUGGCAGAAAUCAUUUUCGAUCACCCAUUAGUGUUAACCAGUAUGAAUCUAGUCAAUCCUUGAGACAUGGUAGCUAUGGCCCUCAAGACUAUGACUAUGGUCAGUCUGGGUAUGGACCUUCUGGCGGGAGGAGAAGCAACAGCCAGAAUUCUAUUCCUUUGAGUUCUGCAGGUAGAGCAACAAAUAUGGAAGUCUUACCUUGUGGACAAUCUUCCUCUAUUUCUGAUCAUGUAGGAUCCAAAGCAAAUGAACAAAUCGGAGAGCUAGUUUUUAAAUACAGAGGGUCAGAAACAGGUCCUGACCAAUCAUUUGAUUAUUACAAUCUUACUGAGUCCUGUAGUACAACUAGAGAGCAUGAGUGUAGUCAUGGUCAUUCUGUAGUAGUACCUGAACAUUCUGAUGACAAUGAUUUCCAUUAUGGCCACAGUCAUAAAGGCAAACAACAAAUUUGUCAGAUCCAGCCAAUUGUCCAGUCUUGUUUUGAUGAUAGCCAAUACAUAUUAUUUCAGAAACAUUCAGAAUCCCCUUUAUUUGGAAAUCAGUCUGGAUUCAGCCCUAAUGAAAGGCAAUUAUAUACCCGUAACGAAUCAAUUGAUAGCUAUCAUCUGUCAAGUGAUAACAACAAUACAAAUCAAAUAUCUUCUUCCAAUAACUCCUUUCCCAACCUAUCCUGCAUUGGAACUGAAGAGUGUAUAUAUUUACCAAGUGCAACCAUAUUGGGUGAAGGAACAGAAGGACAGGAGCCUGGAUCUGCCCAACCAAGGACCAUCCGUAAAUAUAAUCAAUUUUUAGAUGACAGGAAGAGAAGAACCAGAGGUAACAAUGAAAAGGGGAAAAUGAAGUCAGGUUCUGCCUACUUAGAUAGCAAUACUCCGCUAUAUACAUAUGUCCAAGAACAGAGAUCCUAUUACUUUGAAUGAAAAGCCAGUAUAAAAUAUAAUAAACGAUAAGUACUAAACACAAGAGGAAGGAGAUGCUUAGUAAGACAAAACAUUUAACAUGAUUCCUUAUUUUGGCAGUAGGUGGUAUAUUUUAUAUUAACUGUAUUACUAUUUUAAUGUUGUUUGGUGCAAGAUCUGUUUGUAGGUCUACAUAGUUAUUUAGCUUCUUGGAUAGAAGAAACUAAAUGAAAAAAGUAAAACAUAUUUGAACCAUAGUCAGAAAUAUAUGAUUAAAAUAUAUAUGAUUUUGGUUUGGGAUUUAAAAAUCAACAUUUAACAAUUAUUUGAGGCAAUCAUUUGGUUUUUCCGUAUGCUGUUUUAAUUUAUGGUUAAAAACCUAUCCAAGAAGCAAGGGACAUACUUUUAGAAGUCAGAGUUUUUCUUGUAGUAUUAUAAUAAAUUUCAUGUCCUAAACAAAGAAUUUGAUUGCUUCCUGGUUGGGGAUUCACAAUAUUUUCAUCUUUUGUGUCACUUGUGGUAUUCUGUAUUUCUAUUGAAUUUACUGUCCUGAUUUCCUAGAUAGAGGAAUCAGAAAAUUGUAUCAGAUUAAAAUUGCCAAUAAAUGUUUCAU